CUUUAAAUCGCACACACAUAUAAAGUGGGCAGAUCACAGCCUGCUACCAAACCAUUAUCACGGGAUUCAAAGGUUUGAAGGAUUGAUACAAACACUUCCAAUGGAUCUGUUAAUGUUCGGGAUUUUUCUCUCUAUCACCUGCAGCAUUGUUCAAGGUGUUACUCCAAAUUGUUGUCUUACAACAACAUCAAACUUUCCAAUUAGAAUUCUUAGAAAGGUGGAUAACUAUGAUGUUCAGACCAGCGACGGAGUCUGUCCGAUCAAUGCUGUCGUGUUGCACUUUCAAGAGAGGAGAUUUUGUGCUCAUCCAAGGGUGGAGAAAAUUCUGUGGCGCUUAAAAUCACGAAGGGAAAAAAUGUCUCAAAAAAUCACAUCUGAUGUCCGUGCAUGAGGACAAGAAAUGUUUUGUACAACCUAAAAAAAAAAUGCAUGAUUGAUGUUUGCAUGCUUGUAUCUUCUUUCUCCAAUUUUAUUUAGUGAACUUCACAUGUAAGUUUUUUGUAACUU